AUCCGGUUUAGAAUUCACCGGGGUCCUUACAGUGCGGAUUAGAGAAGCUGCCGGUUUUGUACGCAACAGCAAUAUCGUUAAUUUCUUCUCCUCAGACAAGUAUAACCAGUUUUAAAUAUGUCUGGCAGAGAAGGAGGCAAAAAGAAACCCCUGAAGACACCCAAGAAACAAUCCAAGGAAUUGGAUGAUGAUGAUGUGGCCUUCAAGCAGAAGCAAAAGGAAGAACAGAAGGCCUUGGAAGCAUUGAAGGCCAAAGCUUCAGGAAAAGGACCUUUAAGUGGUGGUGGCAUCAAGAAAUCGGGCAAGAAGUAAAAUCUGAAUCUGACAGUGAUUUUUAUUUGGUCCCCGGCCUCGCUUCCUGCGUCUUCAUUGUUUGUAUGCUUGCUGAAAGACUCCAGUUAGCCCUGUUAAACAUGACCUUGGUGUUAAGCUCCUUCAGCAGUGAAAAUGUACAGAAAAAGCAUUUAAUAAUUUCAGGAUUUCAGGGUCAGGAAUAUCAGUUACCAGUUAUGCCUGACACUGAUCAAAAUCUUCAAAUGCAGUUUAGAAAUGAAAGUCUGCAGCUUAGAAAUGGAAAGCGUAAAAAAAAUCCUGAUCUCCACUGUAUCUUUUUUUGUGUUCAUGCGAAACUUUAUCAGAAACACAAAUUAUCCUAAGUUCUUUUUUCUUCUGAUUUUUGUUCUAUUGUGAAGAGGGAGAUACCAAUAAAGUUUUUGUAAUUA